UUUUUAUGCCACACAGUGUCCAGAAACCACCAUCUUUAAUAACCCAGCCUCCUCUCGUCUGGCCAUUCCAUAUUCUCCAUCUCCUUUGUGGCAGUGGUAGAGCAGCAGAAUGGCCAGCAGCACCGCACUUUCCGGCGCCAUGAUGAGCACCUCCUUCCUCCGGAAGCAGCCAGCGGGGGGCCUCCGGUCAGUGUCAAACUUCGGCCAGGGCCUGUUCGGGCUGAAGGGCGGCAGCCGUGGCGGGCGAGUGACUGCAAUGGCAACAUACAAAGUGAAACUGAUAACACCAGAGGGAGAGAAGGAAUUCAGCUGCCCAGAUGAUGUGUACGUUCUGGAUCAGGCAGAGGAACAAGGAUUUGAUCUUCCAUACUCAUGCAGGGCAGGAUCUUGCUCUUCUUGCGCAGGGAAAGUGGUAUCAGGGAAGGUGGACCAGUCUGAUAACAGCUUUCUUGAUGAUGAUCAGCUGGAAGAAGGUUGGGUUCUGACUUGUGUUGCUUACCCUCAGUCUGAUAUUGUCAUUGAGACCCACAAGGAGGAGGAACUUGUUAGUUAAAUGAAACAUCUGCAGAUAUAAUUCUUCUACUUCAUCUGUCUUCUUUUUUCCUCUCUUACUAUUGUUUUGUUGAUCCUUUGGCAUUUGUAAUAAGCAUGUGAUACUGGUUUUGGCUUAUAAAUGGUGGUGUUGAAACCACUUUUGAGAUUGCACUAGAGGGUAACCAUGUUUGUAUUCCUUCACAACUUGAAAUUCAAAGACCAAAAGUAAAUAUUUGUGAA